AUGGCUGAUGUUUCUCAUCUCCUUGCUUCAAAGAACCAAAAGAAAUCUAUCAUCGUUCAUCGAGAAGUACCAAUUGAUUUAGAUAUCGGUUUACUUGCUUGUUUUGAUCCAAAUCCAAUCGAUAGUUCAGAUUACAAUACGAAUCGAGAAGAAUAUCUGCAAUCAGUUACAAGAGAUGGAAUCCAAACUUUAGUCAAUGCACUUUUUGCUCUACCAACGAUCUCAACUAAUGAUGGAGUUCUAGCAACAUUACCACACUCAGGACCCUCAACACUUUUACCUAGAGCCAAACCAUUACCCAAAGCAGCACCAUUAACGAAAUGGCAAAAGUUUGCAAAAGAUAAAGGAAUCGCACCUAAACAACAACGAGAGAAGAUGGUAUUUGAUGAAGAUAAACAAGAAUGGGUAAAUAGAUGGGGAUGGAAAGGAAAGAAUAAAGAUGAAGAAACUGCAUGGAUUAGAGAAGUGAAAGCAGGUGAAGAUCAAGAAGAAGGUGCUUUGGAACGUAAUGUAGGUAAACGAGCUAGAAAGGAAAGAACGAUUAAAAAUCAAAAACAACAACUUAAGAACAUACAAAGAGCUAAUGCAGAAACUAGUAAAUCGAGUACAACAGCUAUAUUAGAAUCAUCAACUUCAAAUCAAACUGUUUCUACUACUAUUAGAAACAAAGCUGAUGUUCGUGCUGCGAAGAUUGCAGCUAAUACAGAGAAAACUAGAGCUGAAGGAAUGGCUAGAAGAGAAGAACAACAGAAAAGGAAAUCUGAACUUGAAGGUCUAAUUCAAACUUCUAAGAAAUCGACUGCAAGUCUUGGUAAAUUUGAUAAAAAGUUUGCUAGUGAACCUAAACCGAAAGGUAUCAAACGAAAGUUUGAACCUGCUGAAAUACCAGCUGCAGCUGAACGAUCGACCCAAUUAGCUCUAGUCGAACAAUUAGCAAAGAAUCCAUCCGCUUUCAAAGAAAAAGUUGCUAAACGUGGUAAGAAAUCGCAUUCGAAUGAAGAAGGUGGUGAUAAUGAUAAGACCAAAGGUUUACUCAAUACUCGUAAAGCCAUCAGAGCAGUUACUGGUGGUAAAGGUUUUGGUCCUAAUUCAGGUUCUAGUGGCAAGGAUGGUAAAUCUAAGAAGUGA